UGUUUUGGCGGUACGGCUGCGGGAAAGGAGCGGAGCUGCUGGGAAGCUGCUGCCGGGAAGCCGCGACUGCAUUGCCGGCGCCGCCUCGCCGCGGUGGCCGUGAUGCGCUCCGCUCGCGGAUCCCCGCUCCCGGGAACCCCGACCGCCGAGUCGGACGCUGCCGAGCAGGCCUAAUAGGAAUGCAUGAUCUCAACCCUUAUGUAUACAGUCUAGAAAGAAGAAACAAAAUGAAAGUUAUCUAGUUCAACUAUCACAUAAUUAUUGAUUUUUUUAAAUGUUCAGACUGGAAUUCCUGUGCCAUGAAGAGUUUUGAAGACGGGCUUUCUUGAUAUAUCCAGAAGAGGAUUGGAUGCCGGAAACUGGAGAUAUCAGUCAAAGGCCUGUGUCUCUGAUAGCAUGAAAUUAACUUCGAAGUGUGUUGCUCAAAAUAAACCGAGCUAAGAGCUCCGCUGCAAGGAUCACAGACCAGAUUACGUGUGCUUGGGCUUAAGCAGGCACUUGAUAAAGAACACAGCGUCUCCUUGGCUUGUGCUGUCUUUGUGACUUUUGUCGCUUCCUGGAACAGGAGGGCUCUGGCACCAGGAGGCCUUCUGUAAUGGUGUGUGAGGACUGACUCCCGGGGCCUCGCCUGACCUCUGACCUGCCAGCAUGGGGAGGAUCGGCAUCUCCUGUCUUCUUCCGGCUUCCUGGCAUUUCAGCAUCUCUCCAGUGGGGUGUCCCCGAAUUCUGAACACCAACUUACGCCAGAUUCUCGUCAUUAGCGUUCUGGCUGCUGCUGUCUCACUUUUAUACUUUUCCGUUGUCAUAAUCCGAAAUAAGUAUGGGCGGCUCUCCAGAGAUAAGAAGUUUCAAAGGUACUUGGCACGAGUUACUGACAUUGAAGCUACAGACACCAAUAACCCCAAUGUGAACUAUGGUAUUGUGGUGGACUGUGGGAGCAGCGGGUCUCGGAUAUUUGUUUAUUGCUGGCCAAGGCAUAACGGCAAUCCUCACGAUCUGUUGGAUAUCAGGCAAAUGCGGGAUAAAAACCGAAAGCCUGUGGUUAUGAAAAUAAAACCCGGCAUUUCAGAGUUCGCUACCUCUCCAGAGAAAGUCAGUGAUUACAUUUCUCCGCUCUUGAACUUCGCUGCAGAGCAUGUACCACGGGCAAAACACAAAGAGACCCCUCUCUACAUUCUCUGCACAGCUGGAAUGAGAAUCCUCCCUGAAAGUCAACAGAAAGCCAUUCUAGAAGACCUUCUGACCGACAUCCCCGUGCACUUCGACUUUCUGUUUUCUGACUCUCAUGCAGAAGUAAUUUCAGGGAAACAAGAAGGUGUGUAUGCUUGGAUUGGCAUUAAUUUUGUCCUUGGACGAUUCGAGCAUAUUGAAGAUGAUGAUGAGGCAGUUGUGGAAGUUAACAUCCCUGGUAGCGAAAGCAGCAAAGCCAUUCUCCGUAAAAGAACAGCCGGUAUUCUCGACAUGGGAGGCGUCUCAACCCAGAUAGCAUACGAAGUCCCCAAAACUGUAAGCUUUGCCUCCUCACAGCAGGAAGAAGUAGCUAAGAACUUAUUGGCCGAAUUUAACUUGGGAUGUGACGUUCACCAAACUGAGCACGUGUACCGCGUCUACGUGGCCACGUUUCUUGGGUUUGGUGGCAAUGCUGCUCGACAGAGAUAUGAGGACAGAAUAUUUACCAGCACAGUUCAAAAGAACAGGCUCCUGGGGAAACAGACUGGGCUGACUCCUGAUACUCCGUACCUGGACCCCUGCCUACCCCUGGACAUUAAAGAUGAAAUCCAGCAGAAUGGACAGACACUGUACCUGCGGGGGACGGGAGCCUUUGACCUGUGCCGAGAGACCAUCCAGCCUUUCAUGAACAAAACAAACGAGACGCAGACCUCCCUCAAUGGGGUCUACCAGCCCCCAAUUCACUUCCAGAACAGUGAAUUCUAUGGCUUUUCCGAAUUCUACUACUGCACUGAGGAUGUGCUACGGAUGGGGGGAGACUACAGCGCUGCCGCGUUUACGAGAGCUGCGAAGGAUUAUUGCGCAACAAAGUGGUCGAUCUUGCGGGAGCGCUUUGACCGAGGACUGUAUGCUUCUCACGCCGACCUCCACAGGCUCAAGUAUCAGUGCUUCAAAUCCGCCUGGAUGUUUGAGGUGUUCCACAGGGGCUUCUCAUUUCCCGUCAACUACAAAAAUUUGAAGACAGCUUUGCAAGUGUACGACAAGGAGGUUCAGUGGACCCUUGGAGCAAUCCUCUACAGGACCCGCUUUUUACCCUUAAGAGAUAUCCAGCAGGAGACCUUCCGGGCCAGCCACGCGCACUGGCGGGGCUUCUCAUUUGUGUACAAUCACUACCUGUUCUCGGGCUGCUUCCUGGUGGUCCUGCUCGCCAUCCUCCUCUACCUGCUGCGGCUGCGGCGCAUUCACAGGCGGGCCCCGCGCAGUGGCUCGGCCGCCACCGUCUGGCUGGAGGACGGCCUUCCGUCCCAGAAGAUCGCCAGCACCUUAUGAACCGGAGUUCGAGCCCCAAAAAGACUCUAACGGAAAAGCCAUUUUCGCCUCAGGGUUUCUCCUCUUCAUUCUCAUUUGUUUUGUUUUUCCUUUCCCUUUUCGUUCCUUGAAACAAAACCAAAACCCACUGUUCGUAAACUCUGCUGUCCUAGAAGCAUUGCAUUUAGCCGUUCUGUGUCCAGCUUUAAGUUGCGGAAUAGGGAAAAGGGAACAUCACUUCAUUUUUGCUGCACAGGAUAUCUGCCAAAAAUUACUAAGAUUUUUGGUUGUUCUCUAAGGUAUAUUUGAUUUUAAACAGAUGCACUUUAAUAUUGGAGGGAAACGGCAGGCUUUUCUCUGUCAGGGGAGGUGGGACCGAGGGGUGACGCGUUCACAGAACCAGAACACAUACCGACUGGACUGAUCAUCCCCUUUUCCUCUCUGUCUUGAAAGCGCUAACCUAAAGAGGGAGAUGUUUAGUUUUAUUUAUUGUUCAGGGCUGUUGCUGUGUGUUUUCUUUGCAGGUUAAAAAAAUCAGAACUGUUUCUAUCCAAAAUAGAGAGGUAUAGGCACCAAGAGGUAACAGUUUUUAAAAUUGAUAGUGAAGAGACCUGAAAAAUGUGAAAUGAUAACCAGAGCGCUGUGUGUGUGUGAGGGUGAGAGUGUGUGUGUGUGUGAGGGUGAGGGUGGUGUGUGUGAGAGUGAGAGUGUGUGCGCGUGUCUGUGUAUGAAACCCACUGAUGGGAGAGAGUGAGGGAGUGCAGUGCUCUCACUUUUAAAAGCACACACUUCAGAAUGCACUGUUUCAUUUCAUUUAGAAGAAUCAUUCCCCGUUACUGUUACUUCUUCUGACCACAGGUAGUUAGUUUCUUCAUGCCAUCUUUCGGCGGCCUUAGAACACUACGUUUCUGAGUUGGAAAAUUCAUAGUUCACUGGUUUCGGUGUUGUUAGAACUGGAGCUGGUGCUUGUCAACAGGCACGUCCUUAUUUCUCAGUAGCUCGUUUGUGCUUGUUUAACUGUGCUCCGGUUUCUUCCAUCUUCAAGUUGGUAUCCCCCUGCCCUCGUAGUUCAGAGACCUCGCUCACUGUCGCGGUUGAGGCUGUGCUGGCAGGGCCACUGUAAAUCCAAAUGAAGAGAAGAACUGAACACGAGAAAUCAACUCACAUUCUGAAGAAAACACGUUUGACAUUUUAAACAAAAACCUAAAAAGGACAACUGGAUUGGCAUGUAUGAGAUUAGUGGGUUUUCACCUAUUCGUUUAGUUUAGAAGCUUUGGGAAUUCUCAUACAUAGUUUUUUAGGCGAUGUUCUGUGUGUGUGUGUGUGUGUGUGUGUGUGUGUGUGUGUGUGUGCGCGUGCACACAAGCUAUUUCUUAACUCCAGAACAGCUAGAUUCGUCUAGUUGGUAACAAAUGUAUAUUUCGAGAAUCAUCAACUGCUUUUUUAAAAAAUCAAUGAUGAGAGAAAGAAUUCAGGUACUGAAGCCCUUAUUUAAUUCAGAAAAGAUUUUUAGAUUUUCAUCUCGUCCAUUAAUUACUUAAAAAUGUGGCAUACAAGUAUAUUGAUGACUUAAAAGAUUACAGAUUUAUGAAAGAAAAGCAAAUCCUGUGAUUCUGCUCUUCAAAGUGAAUAUUCUAACAACGGACAAAUUAUUGGUAGAAAGUUUGCCUCUCAAAUAUAAAGAGGGUUAGGGGAGCUGUAUGGUGGUAUAGCAUCUGAUGUGUAGAGAGACUUGUUUCAGAGAGGGUGGAGACAAAUGUCUUGAAAAAUCCAGCUUCUGAAAUGCUGGUCUCCAGCUAUUUAAAUGCUUGGUCCCUGGUAAACACUGUUCCUUUUCAAGACGCAGCCACACACGAGCUGUGUCAUGGGUACCCCAGGGGCACAGUGAACUGGCGUGCUUCUCCUUGACUUCUUAAAGGAGGCUUGCCCUGCGGACUGUGGGUGGCAUUAAUGGUGAAGAAGUAAGUUUACAUGUUAGCUUUUCUGCCGCCAGCCAUUUGGAGUAGUAAGGCCCUGACCUGCAGAAUGCCUAGAAUAGGUGAUUUGGCCUUUCAGAUCAAGGCAAGGAUAAGCUAGCAUAGGCACAGAUCUAAAUAGGCCUAAAUUAAGACCUCCUACGAUAAAUAGCCACUUUUUAAAUAAAGGAUGCUAACCUGGUCCAGCUCUGUACCAUUUGGGGAGCGCGGUAGAGACCAGCAUGGAGGAUCCAGGCCUGAGCAUCCACCUGCAAGGACCUAACUCACUCUCCAAAAGAAGUCCCCAGAUUAGGGUUCCAAGGCCCAGCGGCCUUGUACUUUGCACAGUUCGGUGCCGUGUCCCGUGCCAAAGAACUCCCGGAGCAGGCCUGGCAAACUUGCCCACAGGGAAAAUCUAGAAGACCCGUGAGCUAAGAAUGGUUUUUCAAUUUUGAAAGGGUCAUUAAAGGAAAAAAAAGUGACGGAUACACAACAGAGACUGCACGUGGCCUGUAGAGCCUCAGAUAUUUACUAAGUGUCCCUUUACAGAAGACACCUGCUGACCCUGCGUGGAGAGUCCCGUUCAAGAACAGAUAUACAGCCGCGUCCUCUUCAUUCAGGAAGGUAGUUACCACCCGUGAGCACAAAAAGAGGGGCAAGAGAAGUGACCAAACUUCAAUCUCAAAAUAGUUGUUUAUGCACCAGAAUUUCACUUACCUUUUCCUCUAGAUUCUUUUCAAGAUCGGUUUUCUAAUAAACCAAGUAGCAUACUCCUCCUUCCCCCCGCCCAAAUUUAAAACGUGCUGUUCAGGAGGGCUCACAGUGUUGUGUUGAGAUGUCUGCAGUCAUGAGAAGGGCUCAGUAGCUUCUCUCCACCCAGCACCAGGGACGAGAAGACGGCCAGGAACUUUCUCUCAGCGAUGCAGGCGCAGGCAGGGGUGAGAGGCAAACACCGGAGGGGCUUAGCUCAGGAAGCAAAGAAUAUCAAUUAAGGGCUGGCCAAGAAGGCCGUAAACUCUGAGCACUUUUAGCAACAGAAAGCAAGAGAAAUUGGACUGGUGGGAACUUGCUAAAAGCCUCUCAAAGAGCAAUGUUCUGUGUUAACUCUUGGUGGAAAGACUCCUCCAGUUAACACUUCUGUUCCAUCGUCAUAUCUAUGCUGCUCCUUUCUGAACCUCCAGAGGAUGGUCUCGAAGAUUUUACAAUCCAUUUAAAAGUACAGACUGAUUUGUACCUGUGGUUUCUGCCCAUUUUCACCCUAAACUGCUGGCUUUCUGCAGCACUCCCCACCUCGGGGGCUGGGGAGACGCUUGCUCUCCCAUCAUCACAGCUGUGCACCCAGGAGGGCAAGCUCUAGAUUACCCAGUGUUUAAAUUUGAAACUCAGGCCUACAUAGAAUACUUUCCCUUCUGAGAAGCGUGCACCACUUAGCAAGAAACUCCAACAGGCAAAUGUGUUUUCCAAGCUUUUAAGAAAAAUCAGCUUUAGAAUUUUGUGUGGUAACGUGCAAUGCAGCAAAACUACCUAUGAGUAAAUUAUUUAUUUAUUUCUAUUUCAGGGUUUUGUUUUUUUAUGAUUUUUAUUGAUUUUCCCCUUCCGUAAUGAAUGAUGUGACCAACCAAGGCGAGUUCUUUGUUCUGUUACUAAGAUGAUAUUUUACGUUUAGAAAUUAUACAAACUAAGGGAGCAUCUUUAAAUGUUUUUUAUUUAAGUGAUGUUUUCCAUUCAAAGAAUAAUUAUCUUCGGGAGAUGGUUGUGGUGUCUAUCACUUUCUAUAUCUGGCAACCUCACGUGGCCACACUCCACACGGAUGAGUGUCGAGAAUAAAAAGUUCAUUCGAUGGCCCGCAGACUGUGUGUGAGCUUGCUUUCUUGGGAUUUCAAGAGAUUUCUCUCUGAUGUUUGAAUCGUGUUACCUGUUAGAAUGCUUAGUUGAACUUGAACCUACAUUCAGUAAAAUAAAUUGUCUGAGUCUGA